CUAUUGAUUCGUCUGCCUGAAAUGACAAAUGUGUACGGAAGCAGCAUGUUCCAGGUGGUAUGAGUCAAGACGUGUGAGCUUUUGUAGAUUUUGUAGUUUUAAAAUAAGCCAUACUUUUCUAAAUACCGUCCGACAGCUUUAACGUUGAUAACUGUGACAGCUCUAUAGCCCGGAACUUGUUUACAUAUAUAUCCGAGUGGUUAAGAUGGAGAAAGGCUCCACAGGCUCUACAGAAAAGACCCAGUCGGCUUUUCCUUGUAAGGAUAAGAGUGACGAGGACUCUCGCGGCCCAAAUUCCUACAACUCCAGGGAAGCAACCUGUGGUGCUACUGCAGGUCGAGCGAGAUGGACUCUGCUGAGACAGGUGUUGUGUCAGAAGCAGACAGACAGUCCUGAGGUCAAACAGGUGUCUGUUCGUAGGUUUGCCUCCUUUGACCUUUUCAGAAGGAAAAAACGCUCAGCACAAGAACACUGUGAUACCUCAGAUGACCAGUGGGUGGAGUACAGAAGUGUCUACUAUCCUGAAUACGGUGCCUUCCUCAGGGAUAACCUGGGACCUCUCAAAGUUAAUGAAGUGCUCAAUAGUUUUGACAACACUGGCAAUGUCUGUGUGUGGCCUUCUGAGGAGGUGAUGGCACAUUACUGUCUGCAGAAGCGGCACACGUUCAAGGGUGCAGUGUGUGAGUUAGGAGGAGGUAUGACUUGCCUUGGUGGGCUCAUGGUUGCCAUUUCUGCUGACGUGAAGGAAGUCCUGCUAUCAGAUGGGAAUGAGAAGUCCAUUCAGAAUGUUCAGAGAGUGGUCGAGAGUAACAGGCGGGCUGGAAAGUUUGGGUCAACGCACGUAUCGUCAAGGGUGGUUAGGUGGGACUGCGAGGUGGACAUUUCAGCGCUGGAAGGUCACUUUGAUACCGUCAUGUGUGCAGACUGUUUGUUUCUCGACCAGUACAGAGCCUGUCUGGUUGAUGCCAUAAGGAGAUUACUGCGACCCAACGGCAUGGCGUUAGUGUUUGCUCCUGGAAGAGGUGAAACUCUAACACUGUUUUGUCGGCUGGCCCAGCAGGCCGGUCUGUGCGUCUGCCAACACCAGCAGUACGACGCUCAGGUCUGGGAUGUUCAUCUAAAGAUGCUGAGAGAAGGAAAGCAGGCAUACGAUGAAAACAUCCACUAUCCUCUCCUCGUCACCCUGACCAAAGGACCUCAACCUGUUAAUCAAGCUCAGUAAAAUGGAAUAAGGGAGCUCUUUGCUAUACAUAACACUCCACACUGUUUGCAUUUUCUUCUUUUUUUAAAUUUCACCUCCAGCCAUAUUCCAAACAACUCCUCUCAGUCCAGAAGAUGGUCACUCAGCUUUUAUAGCUUGCAGUUAAUCUGCUAGUUAAAAAGUUUCGCCGUCCGUUGUGGAUUUAUCGACUUUACAAGGGGUCUGUGAUUCCUAUGCAUUCACUUGAAAUUCCGCCUGCUUGCGGUGAAUUACAUGACAGUUUUCCGUACAUGUCAGGUAUUCAUUAGCGUUUUCCAGCUUGAACUAGUCACUGUUAACGAACGUCGCUCACUGUGUUCCCGCGCUCAGCGUGGAGGCCGGCUUCGACUCGCAGUGCGGAGCAAUUUGCAGCUUCCUCAGUUUCCACCUUUAAUUUCACUUACAACAUCUCAUUCAGCCCAGUCAGGGGUCAGUACAAAGAACUUAAUUUGUGUGUGUGCGUUACCGCAGUGCAGCGCAUUAACACAUUACGGCACUUUCAAAUGAAAAGAGCAUCGGUUGCUGCAGGAGACACAGAUUUUAUAUGAUGUUUUUUUUUUUUCCACUGCAAUUUUGCUGCAAUUAACACAAGUAAUCUCCAGCAUACACACUAUGAAUCCACUAUCGGUAUUGCUUUACAGUUUGCUAUGAUGAUGAAAGGAACAACCUGAUCUUAAUUUGUUAACCAUCGUCUGUAAUUUCCCUCUUCAGUUCCAGGUUGAGUUGCUAAAAUGCAGCUGAUUACUCUGAUUUUACUGAUGUGUGAAUCUUCACACCUGGCUCAUUGUGUCAAGUAUCAUUAUUUUUGAAGAGGUUUGUGAGCUCACGCAGUACUGUUGUGCUAGUAUUGUAUACUGUAUAUUGACCCAAUACUGUGGAAUAGAAAAUGAUGUAUUUUUGUGAUUGUGUGCGUGAAUUAGCUAUUGUUUUUUCAAUCUUUUCCAAGUGACGGUAUUCUGUGCUGGCGAGCGCAACAAACUUAUUUCGGUUUGGUUUUGGUGACAUUUAUUGGCACUCCUGGUAAAGACUUAAAAAAUAAAUUUAUGUGUUAUUGAA